UUUAUCAGUCUGUCUGACCCGCUGAAGGACUGCAGUUCGCCUCCAGUGAUCAAACGGCCCACUUAUCAGAGAUGAAAUCACAGAUCUUUUAAGUCUCUUUCUGUCUCUCUCUCUCUGCACACACACACACACAUACUGUGCAAAAGUCUUAGGCAGUCAGAGAUAAUGUUUAAAGCUAUUUGUGCUCAGAACAAAAAGCACAAUGGAUUAAGUUCCCUGAUGGACUUCUCAAAGCUGCUAUCAGCAGAGCUGCAGGUAUGGUGAUCGAGCUCCAUCACUGCCGUGCGGCGACCUUCCAGCAUGCUGACCCGGCUGCUCCUGCUCGUACAGCUGCUUUGCCUCGGUGCCUCCAGGCCGCUCGUUAACCCCCUGGAAAAGUACUUAACACUGGCGAACGAAUCGGAUGAUGUUCGCUCCGAAGCGCUGAAGAGGCUCUUGGAGGUCUUUGGCAUGGAGGACGUGCCCCCCGCCCGCUCCCAGCAGAAGCAGCCCCCCCAAUACAUGCUGGAUCUGUAUAACACCGUGGCCGAUGUGGACGGGGUCACCAAAGACCCCGGCCUGCUGCAGGGUAACACCGUGCGCAGUUUCUUCGAUAAACUUCACAGUGAGCAAAUUCAGUUCCUGUUCAACUUGACGACUGUUGCCAAAAAUGAGAAGGUUUUGACGGCGGAACUUCACCUGUUUAAAGUGAGACCGCAAGUCUCCCUCGCGUUCAAUCGACACCAUUUCUGCCAGGUUAGUAUUUACCAGCUUGAUAACCGUCAGAUGAACCCACAACAAAACAGGAGGCUGUUAUCCUCCAGACUGAUUCCUGUUCACUCCAUGGGGUGGGAGGUGUUCUCCAUCACGCACGCGGUAAGGUCUUGGAUGUUGGACGAGGGUAACGACCUGGGCCUCUUGGUCACUGUGCGUACCCUGGGUGUCAGUCAGGCGGACUCCAAGCUGGUGCGCUUCGCCUCCGGCCAGAACCACCACCACAGCAAGCAGCCGAUGCUGGUGCUGUUCACGGACGACGGGCGGCGGGCCACCUCGCUGGAGAGCUUUCUGGAAGAGCCUAAGGACCGGCCAGCGCCCUCUAGCCGUCCGUAUGGCCUACGGCCAGAAGCUGCCCUCCGCAGAAGGCGCUCGCUGUUUAGCGAGGAUGAGGACGAGCCUCCCUGCCAGCGUUUCCCACUCUAUGUGGACUUUGAGGAGAUCGGCUGGUCCAGCUGGGUGGUAUCUCCCCGGGGUUACAACGCCUAUCACUGCAAAGGCUCCUGCUUCUUCCCGCUGGGCCAGAACAUGCGGCCCACUAACCACGCCACGGUGCAGUCUAUCAUCCACGCCCUCAAGCUCACCGAGGGCAUCAGCACGCCCUGCUGCGUCCCUGACAAGCUCUUCUCAAUCAAUCUGCUCUAUUUCGACGACGACGAGAAUGUGGUGCUGAAGCAAUAUGACGACAUGGUUGCAGCCAGCUGUGGAUGCCAAUAGGAGCACAGUGCUUGCUGCUAUUUGGAUUGUGCAUGAAAACAAGCCAGAUAUUACAGAGUAAUACCGUAAUACCUUAAUACUUACCAUAAUACUGCCAAAGUCUGACCCGCACCUCCCUCCCCCAGUCCUCUGUCCUCCUCCCUGAAAUCAAUAUGCCUAAGGUGUGAUGUCUGCUAUGUGAACAUCGCUGCAUAAUAGCCCAUUCUUUAACUUUCGUGGUUUAAAAUCAGAAAAAUUUACAAGUAUAAGAGACGCAGCUGAUAUGUGCAGUGGUGUCACUGGGCAUGGAAGCCACAACGUGCCGGUUCACAGACUCAUCACUAGUUGCUGCUGUUUGUGAUUUGCUAGGGAUACAUUUGCUGUAUGAAACGUAGAAAUUUAAUGGGAAUCAGAGUGGGUCUGACUCUGCUAGUAGGUUUACUAAGUUUUAAUCCAAAUGAAAAUUUGAUUGACCCUGAGGUUUAAGUCAAUCGAUUAAACAUAUAAGCGGCUAUAUUUACAAUAUGCAAGAUGUGGUGAGGGGCUGGUUUCCACGUCCCUUGUGACUUUGUAACAUAUGUAAAAAAGUAUAAAUAUUAAUAUAUAGGCUGGAGUGUAGCCAGCAGACCCUGUACAUGUGUAAAUAUGUAAAUGCUGUAGCGACGACUUGGAAGGUUUUUCUUUGUUUUCUUUGUUAAAUAAAUGGGUCA